CUAUAUAUAAGCCUCUCUCUUUCCCCCAAACACUAAAAAUAACUACACAACCAUGGACGAGUUGGGUCCAGAAAGAUCGGACCACAUGAGCUUCCACCAGGCUCCACCUUACAGUAGCAGUGAAGAUUGGUGGAAAACCUACGAAACAUCAAUUUCUCUAGGAUUUCUUGCAACUGCCGUCUUCAUAUCCAUGUUCAUUAUCAUGGCCAUCAUUGAACAUCUCUAUAAACUCAAUGCUUCAUUCGAUUUGACUCGAUACACUAGCCACCAAUCCAAUGACCCGAGACCGGUGCACAAGCUUGUAGAUCCACAACCACAUGUACAAGAGAGAAAUGCAACGGAUUUAUCGAUAUUGAUGCCGGGAGAGAAGUACCCGACCUACAUUGCACAUCCGACACCUCUACCUUGUACAAGGGAAGGAGUUUAUUGGCCUUCACAUUGUGUUCAUGAUUUUUCCAAUCCUUAG